CUCUUUUCCUCUUUUCUUCUUCUUUUCUUAUAAAAACAAAAAAAAACCCUGAUAGCAAAAGAGUUUAUUCUUGUGUGUGUGUGAUUAAAAAAGUAACUUGCGAUAUAGAAAAAAUACUAAUUUUAUUCAAAAAAAAAAGAAAAGAAAACAUAAAGAAAAAUGGACAGAAAUCCUGUUUUGCAACAAGGCAUGUAUAAGAUUAAAAGGGAGAUACGGAUAUGUGUGCGUGUAUGAUAUAUAUAUUAAUAUAUAUUAUUUUAUGCAGCUUUGCAUACAUUUAACAACAACACUAACACGAACACGAAUACGAACAACAAUAAUCCUACUAAUAAAUUGACAACAGUAGAUCAUUCAGGCUUUCUAGAUGGACUUGAGUUUAGUCAUCUUUAUCAACAACCCUCUCAAGCUAGUCAUGCAUUAUUAAAUCAACAAAAUCUAUAUAAUAAUGGAUAUUAUCAACCCACCAAUUACAUGUAUUCUCCCCAAAGAUAUAAUAGUAAUCAAAGUAGUCCAGAUUCGCCUCAAUCCACUCCUGUUUAUAUACCAUCUACGUCAUCGAAUUCUAUGAUGCAUUAUUAUUCUCAACAACAGCAUUUACAACAAUUACAACAACCCCACAAUCAUUUAUUACAGACGAUAAAGACAGAGCAUAUACAGACAGGAGGUAGUAGUAUUCAAAAAAAGAAACAAACAAAGACGAAAAGGAAAAGACAGGCAAAGAUAAUCGAUCCUAAUGCACCACCCAAGCCAAAAAGAAAGACAGGAUUGAAUAAACCCUUAAUCCUUAGUCCUCCUCUUUCCAAGCUUAUGGAUGGAGAAAGAGAACUUUCAAGACCUGAAUUAGUUCAAAGACUGUGGAAGUACAUUAAAUCAAAUAAUCUUCAGGAUCCUUCUGAUAGAAGAUUUAUUCUUUGUGAUGAAAAGCUUAAAAAAAUAUUUGAUCAGGAUCGAAUUAAUAGCUUUGGCAUGAAUAAAGAUUUAUCUGCUCAUUUAACAAAGAAAGAAGACGUUACUGUUAUAAAGCAAGAAGAAGCAGAAGAAGCAGCAGCAGCAGCAGCAGCGGUAGCAGUCAUGAUUCAUCCAAAAGAAGAUGACUUUUUAUUAAAUUUAUAAAACCUCCCUAACA